CUAAAUCCCGGUUUCGGAGCCCCUUACGAACUCCGAAAAGGCCCAGUGGGGAGGCAGGCGAAGACAGAUUGCGGCUCUGACGGCUCUGAGUCUCGCGUUUCCUGCGUGUUUUAUUUGUGCCCUGCGCUGUGGCGGAUGCAUAGAUGGAAUCUCACUGCCUAUCGCUCGUUGUUGUAGGUUGAGCUGCAGUUUUCAUGUAUCCAACGUUGGCCUCCGUUGAGGUUUUUGGGUGGUUUUUCGGUUGUAGAGUGACUCUUCACGGCCAACAGGUUUUGAGGAUCUUGGGACCCUGCUGUUAGAUACAUGUUCUUGAGAUCGUUGUUAUUGGCGUUGCCCACUUUUGGUUACUUUGUUGUCAAACAUUUCUUCUUCUAGCAUUUGAUGCAGAUUGGUUCGAGUUGUAUCUGGAUGAUCUGCUCACUACUUCGCUGUGUUGUAUUCCACGUAGAAGGAUUCUGGUUCAUUCAUUGUGCAGAUCGGUGGAUUUUACGAGAAGAAACCAUUGUUUGUACAAUUCUUAGUUUGCUGAGAAAGAUCGAGGUUUUCAUAGGAUUGGUAUGGAUCAAGCAGUCUCUGCCACAACGUUCUGAAUGAGUUGUAGAACCUCUGGUCCCCUGCAUUGCUUCUGCUAGAUUCUGGCUAUGGAUGGCAUUCCGACAGUGGCAUUUGAGUUUGGGAUUUCCGACAUUUCAUCGUGACUUCUUUUCUUCAUCUGGGAGAUCUUAAUUGGCGAAUUUCUGUUUUCAAGAAGUGAUUUCAUGCAAAGAGUUCAAACAAGGGUCUUCAUUCUUUUAGAGCUGGGAGAAUGUGUGAAGGCUGCAUUGCACCCCGUGUCUGUAGGAAGGACCAUGCGGACCGGCUGUGGCGAACCGGGAUUCAACAAAAGAGAGAGAUGGUAGUGGGAGUAGCGGGUGCUUUGGGAAAUGCUCAUUACGCCCUCGCAGGUAUCGGCAAGUACGUUCUGUGUUGACCUCACAUCGCAAUUACGAAACUAUUCAUGGAAGAUCCGAAGUGGGAGGGAGGUUCAUCGCUGUCUGCUGUGAUCGAAUUCAGUGCCUCUGGCAUUGUCUCACUAUAAUUACGGAUCUUGUGCAUUCACGUAGGUCCCAGCACAGUUGUCAGAAAUUUAGAUGCAAUGGAAGAGGAGCUGGUCAGUCAGCGAUUUUAUUGAACCUUGUUCCCGAGUGUAAAAGGUUGUGGGGAUUUCUGAUGUGCAUAUUGUAAGGGGAAUGCCAGAGAUGGGUGCCGGUUGCGAUGCUUUGCCAGGUGGUCAACCAAGUUCAUCCCCGAAACGCCCUUUAAGCAAGUCAUUACGUAGGUCUGCAUCCAAUCGAGCAAUCCCUGUUCGAGGGGCAGAAGUAUUUCCUUCAUCGUUGGCCCAUCAAAAGUUCUUAAAGGCGUCUCUAGAGCAAAACCCUGAGUUACACCUUAGAACUCAACAACUUUCAACCUCUAGUACAUUAUUUCCCCUUAAAACAACCACCCCAUCGACCUCGCUGCCCCCGCCUCUUCUCACAGCGAAGUCCAAGCAUCUGUCAAGAUCCCUCACAUCCCUUCCCCUGGAGCCGGAGCCUGACAAAACCGCCCACUCCAAAACUAUUACGAUCCCCACACACUCCGACCUCCUUCCCAACGCCCGGAUGCCAUGUUUAGAAUCCUGCGUAAAACCCAACGUCGUUACCUCUCGGGAGAAAGACAUGAUAAUUCCAGUUCCAUCGCAGCAAGAUACUCUAGCAGGUGGGCCAGACAUAUUCGUAAAAUCACUUUUUAGAUCCUCCACAUUCUCUGCUCUUCGGAAACAUGCUACUCCACCUUUACCUGAAGAAUCCUCUCUGUAUACCGUUGCUGAUCCCCCCUCUGCCUCCAAAUCCUUUUGGAGGUCAUUCACCUUUAAGCACAUGCCGAGCAAGGGCGGGGAAUCUGUGCAGGAGCAGAAUGCGGACCCAAUUGUAUCUGGAUUGUCCAAAUGGGCGCGGAGCAUCGUGACUAAGCCUGCUGCAGAUCAGGUGAUAGAGGUUGACGAAUCCUCGCCAUACAGUCUCCACUCUGGGUCUUCCGCCAAGUGGACAUCGUCAGUAGGAGUGCUUCCUAUCGCGGAGGUGGAAAACUCUUUUGAUGUGUUCACCAAAGGGUUGCUUGAUUCUUCAAGAUCUGCCGUCAAGGCUGUUCAGAACAAGGCCCGACAUCUCGUCUCCCAGAAAUGGUAUCAGAGCCAGCGGUCACUUCAAAGCAGUCAUCGAUUCAUGUGCAUGCAGCAUAGAACUUCCCAUCUGGAUAUGGUGUACAUUGCUAAGAAUAUUAUUGCGGUGGAGUUUCCGGUCAUCGAAAGUAACAUCCUAGGAUUUAUGGAGGCUGAUUACCGAGACUAUAUAGAGGAGCUCGUCACAUUUUGUGAGAUGCAGCAUUUGGGCAAGUACAAAAUCUUCAAUUUAUGCUCGGAGGAGCUAUAUGACACUUCACUUCUUUAUGAUAAGGUGGCAUGUUUCCCCUUUCAAACCAAUAAUUGCCCUCCUUUGCAGCUCGUGUCAGCAUUUUGCGAAGCUGUACACACAUGGCUCAAAGCAGGUCUUGAGAAUGUGGUAGUGGUACACUGUAAGGGAGGGAUGGCGCGCACUGGACUCAUGAUAUCCUGUCUUCUUCUUCAUCUCAAUUUCUUUUCUACUGCAGAGGAAUCAGUUCACCACUACAACGAGAAACGAUGUGUGAAUAGUAACGCUUUAAUACUUCCCAGCCAUCUUCGGUACGUAAAAUACUAUGAGGAGGUCUUGAGAAAACACCACGGAUUUACUCCAGGUGGGCGAAGAUGUACCUUAAGGAGUAUACGCCUGAUCAACUGUCCAUCUUGGAUCCGUCCUUCUGUGACGAUUUCAGAUCAUGACGGUGUGUUAUUCACUAGUAUAAAGCAUUCUAACUUUAUGCUGGCAGAAGACCUAUGGAUAAGUGCUCUUAACAGCAAAGUUCUUCUUUUUGAGCUGCCUAACGGUGGGCAUGCUGCUGCGGUUGAUGGGGACUUCAGAAUCCACUUCCAGAAUGGAGAAGUUCAGUUUUCCUGUUGGUUAAACACGAAUAUGAUGAGGAGAAGUAUUGUUCUCCGAAUAAAUGAUCUUGAUGGAAACGAGGGGCUGAGCGAAGCAACAGGAUUUCAAGUAGAAUUGGAAUUUCAGGAUUCGUUUAUAUCCGUUAUGAAAACAACUAGCACAGCAGAAACUGCUCCAGCAAGUAUCAGACCACCUCUGCCUUCAGACAUGACCUUCGGUAGAAAAUUUCCAUGCACUAAUACAGCAACAAAUGGAGAAGCUAUUUUCACAGAUCACCUGCCGCGCUUCAAUGGGAAGAAUUGUGCUCUUGCAGAUAGUGAAGGAGAAGACGAAGAAAGUCCAGGGGUUUUGCCACGCUCUUCUGCGGAGAAACGUGACAUCAGAGAAUCUGAGGGAACUUCCCUCAUGAGUGAAGAUCCAGAGUCUUCGUUUCAAAGUAAAGACCUAUCUGGACGGAAAGCAUACAUUUUGAGGGUGAUCAGGAGCUGCCAGCAGACAAAUUGUAAUGAUACUAAAAUUCAUAUUAUUCUGAUCUCUGGCACUUCUCUUCAAACCGAUUGCAUUCUAGCCUUGAAACUUCCCUAUCGUGCUAAAUGAACUUGCAAUACUCACAGAUGACCCCUUGUUUAAACAACUUACUAAAUGUGAAACAAAAGACUGUUUGCUGGAGUAGAGCAGAACGUUGAAUGAUAGUUCCAUAUGAGCACUGUAAAUGUAGGUCGUGGUAAUAUCUCUGAAAUACACUCUGAACAGUUCUUCCUACUA